CAGGUCGAUUCGUCCGCUCUCAAGCGGAGACGCAGAACGGACGCGAAAUUGUAGUGACGCCGGGAGCGAGCGCGAGGAGCCUCUGUCACCAUGUUCCUCACCCGAACGUAACGCAGUGUUGCGGCAGACCUGAGGAGGGGCGGGGCGGAGGUGGGUCCUGGAGAGAUGACAGUGGGCCAUGGAGAAGUAUGAAAACAUUUCCGUCGUAGGGGAAGGCUCCUACGGCCUGGUCAUGAAGUGCAGACACCGGGAGACAGGCCAGUUGGUGGCCAUCAAGAAGUUCAUAGAGACGGAGGAAGAUCAGAACGUCCGCAAGAUGGCGCUCCGCGAGAUUCGCAUGCUCAAGAAACUGCGGCACGAGAACUUGGUGAACAUGAUUGAGGUGUUCCGACGCAAACGCCGUUUCUACCUUGUGUUCGAGUACAUGGAUCACACAAUUCUGGAUGAACUUGAGGACAACACCAGGGGUCUGGGUGAAGAAACUUCACGCAAAUACAUCUUCCAAGUUCUCAGGGGUAUCGACUUCUGUCAUGCCAACAAUAUUGUGCACCGUGAUGUGAAGCCAGAGAAUGUUCUAGUGUCACAGUUGGGUGUCAUCAAGUUAUGUGACUUUGGUUUUGCCCGUCUGCUUGCAACUCCAGGUGCGACGUACACUGACUAUGUGGCCACAAGGUGGUACAGGGCACCAGAGUUGUUGGUGGGGGACACAAAGUAUGGAAGGGAAGUGGACAUCUGGGCAGUGGGCUGUUUGUUUGCCGAGAUGAUGAGUGGAGAUCCCUUGUUCCCUGGUGACUCAGACAUAGACCAAUUGUAUCAGAUUACCAAACUGCUGGGGAAGCUGUCUUCAAGGCACCAGCAGCUGGUGUCCCGCAACGCCAUGUUCAAAGGGCUUAAGAGGAGUACUGAGGACAGGGCACGGUCCCUAUACAAGCUGUUCCCUGCCUGGCCUCCCUUGGCACUAGACUUCGUGUCACAAUGCCUGAGGCUGGACCCAUCCCAUCGGUCCACUAGUACGGAACUGAUUCAGCACCUGUACUUCACAGACGACCACUUCUCUGAGCAUUUCCUUCCCCUCUUGAGAGAAAAGAUACAGCAAGAGUUUCAAGGCAACCCCCUGCUUCAGAAGUAUGAGGCUGCCUUCUUGGUUGACUCUUCAGCUCGAAAAGCUCGAGGAUUUGCGAACAGUAAUAUGAUUGACUCUAAAGGUACUGGUCAUCAUCAAAGGAGGAGUCUGAUUGAACCUCGGUGGAAGAUCAUCGUCCCGAGCGAGAACAGCAGCAGCCGGCGGAUCAUUGUGGACAGCAGUAAACCAGUUUCCAAUCGCAGAAAACUGAGUGACAAUAACAGUGUUAGCAGCAACAUGAUGGAAGUGAGUGAUGAAGCCAGUGACAGUAGGAUUGGUGGUCUCAAAAUGGCCACGCAAUCCAAGCUGAUAGUUCCUUCCAAACUACACAUGCCAGUGCAAGACAUUCAGCAUAGUGGAAUGGACGUUCAGCCUCCAUCAGGCUCUCCAACACCAUUCCAGUCACUUGAGGCAGUAGGAAGUCAGGUGUCUAGCUUGUCACAUGUACAUCAGAGCACAGGGGACCAUUUCUUGCACAUCAACAUGCAGGUUCUGCACCCAUCCAUCAACAACCUGAGCUUCAGUGGAAUGGGUGUUGAGAACAAGAGCGGCUUCUCUGGGAAGUUUCCAUGGCUUUGCAGAAUGCCAGAACCUCUGAAACGAUCGCCCCUGGCACAAGGUGGAAGGGUGAGGGAAUCACACAGCAGGGUAACCCCCGUGCGGUUGCCCCCACGUACACAGUUCCUGCGACGCUUGGACCAUGGCUUGCUUCUAGAUGUUGGUCAGUUGGAUAAGACUGGUACAAACUCCUCGCUGCUGAGCAGCGAGUCCCCAACAAAUGAAAAGUGGCUAGGAGCAAAGAAGAUGGGCACCACUAGGACGUAUGACACCUGGAAGACUCCAAAAACGAUUGGCGAUGACUUCUCUUUGCCAAAUGUUCCUGGAGCAUCUGGAAGUCCCAGUAAGGGACUGAAGAAGCAGCUAAACCCUGUUACACCUCAUGCAGACCCAGCAUCAGACCUGCGUAUCUCACCCAGAGGAAACCCAUCUCACUCAUCACCCCAGAGCCCAAGGUCCAGGUUCAGUUCUAAUCUGCCACAUGUAUGACAUCUCAAUGAGAUAAUAUUAUGUACUGUUUUCUGAUACUGAAGAGGACCAAUCUACCAGCUGUAAGGCUUACACUGUGGAGCUGAGACUCAACACUUGGAUGUGGUACAAGCAUAAGUGUAUCUACUUUCUGAGAGACACCACAAUGCAUUCACAUCCCAUUGCUAUGGUUGUCAGUCAUUAUUCACACGGAAAUUGAAUGUUUGUGUGGGCCUUGAAAACACAGAUAUUUUUAUUAAAUUUAUAUCUCAGGUAUUGGUUUCUUCCUUCUGUUCUCUUCAUUAUGCAGUUUGCUGUAUGAUACACAUAUAUGCAAGCUGGAAGUUCGCGGGUUCAAAUCCCGAUGAGGUCAUUGGAUUCUUUUCAACUGACCUAAUCCUUCCAGCCACACU